AUGGAGUACGCUAAUUGGGAAGACCCCAAACUUACGAUGCCUCAGGAUGAGUUCGACCAAUACUUCACUGGCUAUAAUGAUAUGGACAAUCUAUUCAACGAAACGUUAGCUGGACUUCUGGAUUUAGACGUUCCAUCUGGAUUUGCUGCUCUGCAACAACAACAACAAGACAAGUUCAAGCUGCACACAAGAAAGAUCAGUGGGACUGCGAUCUUUGGGUUUACAGAACAUGGCCCAAGUUUCUCUCUUGGUAAUGACAGGAAAGAAUCCAAAUCAGUUUCUCCAGGAGAGUUAGUUAAGGAACAACAACAGCAAAACAUAGAUUAUCUCUUCCCAGAUCAAGAUGUGAAACCUAUUUUCCUUGCCGAAGAGGAUGAGGAUGAAGAAGAUGAAAAUGAAGAGAAUGAAGAAGCCAGGGCUUUAGAAGAGUUGGCUAAGGCCAAGGCUGAAGAUGCUCAACGGAUGAUGAACUACAAAAGCAGGAAUCUCAACGAUUCUCCAAUAAAAAGUUUACAACCUCCCGAUGACUUCAUAGUGACCAGUUCAAGCCCCAAAGGUUACAAGUUCCCCCCUUCACCACCCCCAUUAAGCAGACAGCCAACCAUAAACAGCUACUCAGUCAAAUAUCUUCAGGAAUUCAAGCCUGGUAAGCAAUCAUCAACAGGACGAAUAGAGUAUGCGGACGAUAUUGAACCACUUUUGGUGGAUGAUAACAAUGUUCCAUUUGAUGCGCAAUCCUCACCCUUCAUUUCCAGACAUCAACAGCAACCACCUCCACCUCCACAUCCUUCACAUUCACAAUUGCUGCAACGACAAGAGGCCCAACAAGUAAAAUAUGUUCCAAUACCCAUUCAAGUGCCCAUGAACUCUACCAGGUCGAACCAAAUAAUACAACCACAUCAGCAACAAGGUAUAAAAACCAAUGUGUUUCUUCCACCACCAUCACCACCAGUCCUUUCCCAUGGGUCUCCAGAUUGGUCAUCCCCGGAACCACAAUCACCUUCACCCUCAAGAGUAUACAUGAAUGGAUCUAACGCUGGAUCGAAUGUCCCUUUGCAACACAAUAACAACAACCCUAACUUCCUGUCUCCGGUGCAUCCUCAUCUUGGAAGAAACUUCUACACACCACAGUUCUUCUCUGACAAUAACCCUAUUGGAUACGUCGAGCAAAACACAAACAAUUUGGCAUACUCCCAACAUCAAAAUUGCAGACACCAUCCAAACGAGCCAUGCGAUAAGGAACAAAUACCACCACCACCACAACAACAACAACCACAGCAGCUCCAACACCUUCAACAACCUCAAUUUUCUUCGCCUCGCCAGGGCCAACCUUCUUCCUUUAUUCCAUCUUCUCCUAUGCCCAGCAACUCGAUAAACUCGUCGCCAAUAAAGUACUAUAGUCCUCUCCGGAAUGUGCAGCAACUUCAGCAACAGCCACCUGGAGCAUCUGCAGAUGACUCGAUAGACGUCAAUGCUACCAUUGUCCAGCUCACGCCGCUCAAAGAUCAAUUCCAGAGCCCUUCCAACAAAAUGGAUAUUAAAUGGUCACCUGUGAUCUCCCCUAAUGCCAAAUCUUCAACCGAUGUCCGUCGUGCAAUUCAGCAAUUAACUCCAAAGAGAAAAGUGGAAAAGACUUCUCUUCUCCCACCCGGAGAGCUCGACCAAUACUGGGAAGGUCCCGACGAAAAUAAGGUCUUCACGUGUACAUUCAAUGGGUGUGGUAAAAAAUUCACCCGUAGAUACAAUGUGAGAUCACAUAUUCAAACUCAUCUUAGUGAUAGGCCAUUUGCGUGUGUUUACUGUCCAAAGAAGUUUGUGCGUCAGCACGAUCUCAACCGUCAUGUGAAGGGUCAUCAAGAAGCCAGAUAUUGCAAGUGUCCCUGUGGAAAGGACUUUGCCAGGAUAGACGCCAUGAGGAAACAUCGCGCUAGAAAUAUCUGUGUUGGAGGAAUGGCCAAUCAUGACAGUCAUUGUGUUCUGAAACCUAAACGCAAAUCGAUCCGGGUGAUUGAUGACAUUACUCUGGAUAUGCUACAGGAGGAGCUUCUGUCGUCCCUUGGGUCUCUGGUAUGA